AUGACGACCGCAUACAAUUUCGAUGCAAAAGACAUUCGAAGAACUUUCGACGAUUUGCCGGAAAACGUAAUUAGUGCAAGAACGGCCGAGAAAUUCGUAUUCGAUGUGUACAGAGAGGAGAUCGACUAUCCAUUGCUUUUCGAGUUGUUCAAAGAAAUCGUCGAAGAAGGACAAACUUACCCACAAGACACAAUUGACGAAAAAACUUUCCGGCAAUAUUUCCUGUCGCACAACUGUUUCGUUUUCCGGUUGCAAGAAUCGAACAAAACUGUCGGCGGAUUCUAUAUCAAACCGAAUUUUCCCGGUCGGUCGUCCCAUUUGGCUAACUUUGGAAUGGCUAUCAAGUCCGAGUAUCGGGGUCAUGGUCUCGGUAAAUUGAUGGUGCCGAGAGCUAUUAAAUAUGCGAAAAUUGUCGGAUACGAAGCACUGUACACGAAUCUGGUUUUUGUUACGAAUCCGGCCAGCGUACAAGUGUGCAAAGAGAACGGAUUCGUUGAGGUGGGUCGUCUACCAAGAGCGGGCAAUUUAAAAGGCCUUGGAUUCACCGAUGCCCUGCAACUAUAUCGCGAUUUACGGUGA